GGCCCGGCCCCGGUCAUGGCGGCCCGGCGGCUCCGCGGCGCCCUGCAGCUGGGGGCGCGGCAGCGGCUGCGGAGCGCUGCGGCCCCGCCCGGCAGGCACACGGCCCCGGGCGGCCUCCGGCUCAGCCGGCUGGGCAGGCUGGCAGCUGGCACCACCUGGGAGCCACUGGCCCAGCCCAGCAGAGCCUUCCUCAGCCUCACCAACAAGAGGAAGGAGUACUCAGAGCGUCGCAUCGUUGGCUACUCCAUGCAGGAGAUGUACGACGUCGUGGCCAACGUGGAGGCCUACAAGACCUUCGUGCCCUGGUGCAAGAAGUCGGAGGUGGUGUCCCGGCGCUCGGGGCACGUCCGGGCGCGGCUGGAGGUUGGCUUCCCGCCGGUGCUGGAGCGCUACACCUCCAGCGUCACCCUGGUGCGGCCGCACCUCGUCAAGGCUGUCUGCACCGACGGGAAGCUCUUCAACCACCUGGAGACCAACUGGCGCUUCAGCCCUGGCAUCCCCGGGUACCCUCGCACCAGCACCGUGGACUUCUCGAUCUCCUUCGAGUUCCGCUCCCUGCUGCACUCGCAGCUGGCCACAGUCUUCUUCGACGAGGUGGUGAAGCAGAUGGUGGCAGCCUUCGAGCGGCAGGCGGCCAAGAGCUUCGGGCCCGAGACUCGCAUCCCGCGGGAGCUGAUGCUGCACGAGGUGCACCAGACGUGAGCGGGACCUGCCCCCUCCCCCUCCUCCUCCUCCUCCUCUUCCUCCCCCACCCCCUUACAGACUCUGCCAGGCCCUUGAGGAGCCGGAGGGCAACAUUGCAAAGGGGCAUCUUUGCCUCCUCCAUUCCUCCUCCUCUUCCUCCUCCUCCCCAUCAAGUAUUUAUUGGAGUGAAGCUUUGGCCUCGACUGUCCCACGAAGGAGGAGUGGGAGGAGGGCAGGGAGGGGCACGGAGAGGGGUCCCUGCGUGGGGGAUGUGUGUGUCCCCCUUCAGGGGACCCUCUCUGCCCUCCUCCUCUUCCUCCUCCUCUUCCUCCUCCCUUUCAUUUUGUAGUUGAUUUGGUUUCGUUUUGGAAGCUUUUUUGGGGUCGUUUGUUGGGUUUGUUUUUUUUUUUGGGUCCUUUUUCAACCUCUCGACAAAGCCAGAGGGGUCCUGGCUGCGGGGGAGGGGGCGAGGGGGGAGGUGAAGAGGAAGAGGAGGAAGAGGAAGUCCUCUCCCCCCUUCUCCUUUCCCCCUCCUCAGCUCUGCCAGGAAGGAAAAAAAAAGGGAAGGGGGAAAACAAAAAAGGCCUCCAGGAAGCCUCCUGGAGUGGGAGCUGAGGGGAGGCCCCCCCGGACCCCCCCCCCCCAGCACAGUUUGCACAACUCACACGCACAGGGUGGGGAGGGAGAGACCUCUGCUGCCCCUCCCCCCCCACCGCCACCCACCCCCCGACCCCCUCCCAGAAAGCCCAACCCAGAGGCACUGGGAUGGUGCCAGUCUGGUGCCCCUCUCCCCCCCCCCCAGCACCCACCCAGAGGCACUGGGAUGGUGCCAGUCUGGUGCCCCUCUCCCCCCCCCUCCAGCACCCACCCAGAGGCACUGGGAUGGUGCCAGUCUGGUGCCCCUCUCCCCCCCCCCCUCCAGCACCCACCCAGUGGCACUGGGAUGGUGCCAGUCUGUGCCCACCCCCUCCCCUCCCUCAUCAUUCCUCCAGUUUCAGCUCUCCUGAUGUCUGGGGGGGGGGAAUGUUUUUUGGGGGGGGGGGGAGUGGGGGCCUGGGGGAGGUCUUCAGCUCCACCAAGCUGAAACCACCCACCCGGGGUGGGGUGGGGGUGGGGAGGGGAUUCUGAGCCCUCCCAGCUCCAUGCCCACCCCAGGGGCACCCUGGAAAGCCUUUGCCAGGCCACUAAAGACUCUGCAGCCUCCUUUGGCACUCAGGGCAGAGAGAAACUGAGGUGGGGGCUGCACAGAGACCCCCCCCCACAACAACCUCCCCCUCCUGACCACCCUCACCUCUCACCCCCCCCUUGCCAAAGGGGCUGAUUGGCACCGUGCCAGCCCCAGAGGGGGGAGAAGGGAGGGGGAAGGGAAAGCUUUGCCCUGGGGGGGGUGGGGGGGGUCAUGUGUCCCCCUCCCCCUUACUAAAUGCUGUAGGGACCCCCCCGGGGGGGUCUCAGUGCCUGGAGGUUGUUAAUAAAAACUUUUAUUUUGCA